UGCGCUCUGGAGAGACGUGGAGCUAUUUCAAGCUUUCUGUUUCUCGGGAUAUAUAACAUUAGAAUGCUAGCAUUCGUAACAUUUGGAGUAAAGUGUCCAACUUGAGGUGACCAUUACGCUCGAGAGUCGACGUUUGUUGGAACGCAUAAAUGGACGAAUACCAGGAGGACUGAUUCGGAAUUGUUGUCUGGAAAAAUGUGGCUGAAACGGUGUGUCACACGCAGUUCCAUGGUUGCUUGGCGACCUGGAGGAAUGCUGGGAUGUAGAAUGUGGAUCCUCUUCAUCCUUGUCCACCUCACAAUGGAUCUGUCUCUGUGUGCACCAGCAGGCCAAGGGCUCACACUCAAACUACUGCCCAGAUCAGUGCCCCGCUGGCAGCCACACCCUCUGCCUAGUCGGGACACGCUCACCGGCCAGCACUUGAGGACUCUGGGUGUCUUGCAUCGUGGUGUUCCCCCUCCCUUGCCAUCACUAGGCAAUCAUGGGGAGCUGGGGGGCACCAAACUGUGGGGGCGGAAAAACCGCAGGUCACUCCAAAAACGACAACUUUGUGCAGAGUGCCAAUUGACCCCCUCUGACAAAGGGAAGUCGGUUGCAUUACCAGAGGAGAGUAAAUCUGAUUUAAAUCUGCAUUUAUCUCGCUCACGGAGGCAGCUGAAAGGGGACGGCUAUGACUCCCUGGAGGGGAGGACCACCACAGUGGCAGGAUUUAUUGACUGGGGCCCUACAGGGAUCGACGAGGGGCUUGAGGAGGAGGCGAAGGUGACUCCGAAUGCCAUCGUCACCUCUUUAGCCCCUUCCAUCACCAGAGUUACCAUAACUAGCACUACCACACACAGCCCCCAAAGGACGUAUGCGGUGAUUACAACUGCACAUCCUAAGAGGCACAGCACCACACAGCCAAGCAACUCCAGAGUGACUGCCAAACCACCGAAACCUUUUGGGGACACACCAGGUCUGGCUGUUCACCAGAUCAUCACCAUCACUGUGUCCCUCAUCAUGAUCGUUGCAGCCUUGAUCACGACUCUAGUCCUUAAAAACUGUUGUGCGCAGUCCGGGAAUGGCCGACACAGCAGCCAUCAGAGAAAGAUCAACCAACAAGAGGAGAGCUGUCAAAACCUGACCGACUUCACGCCCGCCCGCGUGCCCAGUAAGGUGGACAUCUUCACCGCCUACAAUGACAGUUUACAGUGCUCACACGAGUGCAUGCGGGCCGGCAUACCGGUGUACACGGAUGAGAUGAUCCAGCACACACCCAUCUACAAGACCUCCUACAAUGGAAACAGACCGUCGCCCACUGAAAGGCAGCUAAUCCCUGUGGCCUUUGUGUCUGAGAAAUGGUUUGAGAUCUCCUGUUGAGGCCCCUUUACUACCUUUGGGUUGAGCCCACGUCUUCAAUUUGUGCCCUGGAUCUCAUUGGAAAACCUGUGAAUCAAACACAAAAGACUAAAACACAAUAAAGCAAACCAAAACCACAAGAACAACAACGACAAGCAAUUAAAGAGACGGGAAGUGAGACGGGAAGUGAGACGAUCAGGCAGUUUUGUACAAAUGUUGGAUCUCUCUAGAAGUGGACUGAAGAUGUUUAUUUUUCUAGACUGAUGCAGUGCUAUGGAUACCACUCCCAACUUAUUUUCCAUAGACAUGUGAUAAUUUUAGAGAUGAUAUACCUAGAGCUGAUAUAUUAUAUACGUGUAUUACUGCACAUGUGAGUGUGCUGGAGUGGAGAGGCCAUGGGACGUUCUCUGACACAAUACGUCUGCUUGUGUGGAGAAAAGACUCUCCUGAACUUUGUGCCAAUAAUGCCAUUAUGUGCCACUACAUAUAUAGAUAGGACGCGUUCAGUUUUGUGGAAAAUUACAGACACAUCAAGUCAUUUCAGUGACUGUCUCCCAAUAUCAAUCUGUCAUCCGUUUUUGUAUAAAAAGUAUGAAUAUGUAUUUGAAAUAGCUGAGUAAAAUGUGUUACAAAUGUCCAAAAAAUAUUU